AUGGAGACGAAAAACGCAAACAACUUUGUACUCAAAGAGCUUAAUCAACUUAACUACGAUCAUAUUGCCUUAGUGCCGCCGCAUACUAGAGGAGGUGGAGGACUAGCACUGCUAUGGAAAAAGGAAAUCGAACUAAAAGUCCUAUCUCAAUGCGACAACUUUAUCGAUACUGAAGUCCACUUCCAGGGAAAGCUAUUUAUGGCUACUUUCGUCUAUGGAGAGCCAGAGAAAGCGAACAGGAAAGAAAUGUGGAACACGCUAAUGGCGAAGACGGAAGGCAGAGAGUUACCUUGGUUCUUAACAAGAGACUUCAAUGAGAUCCUUGACAAUUCUGAAAAGGUGGGAGGUCCAGCCCGAGCAGAGAGCUCUUUUGUUGACUUUAGGUCAUUCAUGUCGGCGUGUGACCUCUACGACUUGAAACACACUGGAAAUUUUCUAUCUUGGAGGGGAAUCAGAUACAAACACAAUGUUAAAUGCUGA